AUGCCCACCGCCGUGAAGAGACCGUUGGACGACCCGUCUUCUUCUAGAAAAACUAAAAAGUCUAAGACAGACGAAGCGCCUCCAAAAAAAGCAUCCGGCGAUGUUGACUUCCCUCGUGGUGGUGGAACUGCAUUCACCCCACUCGAAGUUAAGGCCAUCCGGGCUGAAGCCGUCAAGGAGGCAAACGAGGAACUGUUCAAGCCAAAGCGACCGUCUCAAAAAAAACGGAAACGGGACACUAACUCAGAAAUUGGACCAGCGACAGACAAGAUUCGCAUCGAACAUCUCAACUACAAGCGACUAACGAUUGGUAUGAAAAUACUUGGCCAGAUCGUUGCAGUUCAGCCUCUUGCACUUGUGGUGUCUUUGCCGAACCAGCUUCUUGCCCAUGUCCCCAUCACGAAUGUCACCUCCCAGCUGACUGCACUGCUGGAAAAAAACAUGGAAGAAGAAGAAGAAACUGAAGAGGAUGAUCUUGACUCCCGAUCGCCUGAACUCGCGGAAAUGUUCAAAAUAGGUCAAUAUAUCAGAGCAGUCGUAGCAGCAGUGCAUGCGCCGGGAUCAACAGACCAUACUGGAAUGGGCCGGUCGAGAGAUGAGACUACGAAGGCUAGCAGACGCGUGGAACUCAGUUUACUGCCGGAGCGUGUCAAUGCAGGGGUCAGCAAAGCUGAUUUGACCGCCGGUUUUACACUCUCCGCUGCGGUGCAAAGUGUCGAAGACCAUGGAUACAUCGUUAACCUUGGUGUCGCUGAUGUCACCGGUUUCCUGUCUUUCAAGGACACAAAAUCCAAGCUUGCGGUUGGGCAGCUUAUCGGAGUAACAGUGGUAAACACUUCAAAGAACGGGAGAACAUGCAACAUCAGCUUCGAUGAGAAUACCUUCUCUAGUUCAUGCCUUUCUGAGGUUACCAAUGCCUCAUCUGUUCUUCCAGGAAUGUUGGUUCAAGGUCUGAUAACGGCAGUCAAUCCCAAUGGUCUCAAUCUCCAAAUCCUUGGCUUCUUUGACGGCACGGUCGAUCGAGCACAUCUCGACCCUAAUGCCAAAGAAAAGACAUAUAAGCUAGGCAAGAAAGUCAAGGCCCGUGUACUAUACGACUAUUCAACAUCACCACCUCGCUUUGCUCUCGGGCUCACUCAGCAAGCUAUCGGGCUGCGAGCGCGCCAAAUACAACGGGGGAAAGAGUGGAUUUCUCUGGCAGAUGCCUAUCCCAUUGGUACUAUCUUGACCUCUGUCAAGGUUUUGCAUAUGGAGCCAGAGCGUGGUGUGGUGGUUGACGCGGACUCAGGUGUUGUGCAAGGAUUUGCGCACAUUUCACAUCUCUCGGAUGACCAUAUUCCUUCGCUCUCAAAUUCAGGACCUUGGAAGAUCGGCUCUCUUCAUACGGCUCGUGUCACUGGCUAUUUCCACUUCGAUGGUCUCUUGCAACUUUCCAUGAAGCCUUCGGUAUUAGAGCAAAAGUUCUUGCAAGUCGCUGAUGUUCAAGUCGGCGAAGUAAUCAAAGGGACAAUAAAGACCCUCAAUGACUCAGGUCUCUUCGUCUCCAUCUCUGGAAAUGUUGAUGGAGUCGUGUGGCCAAACCAUUAUGCGGACAUCGCCUUGAAGCAUCCAGCGAAGCGUUUCAAGCCUGGAAGUAGUAUUAAAUGUCGGGUACUAGUUGUUGACCCAGAAAGGAAGCGAAUAUCUCUUACGGCCAAAAAGACACUUGUUGAAUCGACUCUUCCUAUCGUUACUUCAAUGGCUGACGCGAAAGUUGGAACGGUGACACAUGCCGUGGUCUUCAAGGUCUUUGAAAAGCACCUCAUGGUCGAUUUUUUCAAUAAUCUGAAAGCGAUUAUCCCGGCCAAAGAGCUGAGUGAGACACCUUUGCCUAACAUCACCGAGUCCUUUUCAAUCGGCAAAGUGUUGAAAGUCCGCAUCACUAGCUCAGAUCCCGAACAAAGCCGCAUCGUCGCGAGCGUUAGACAGGCGUCUUCAGACUACGAUAUAUCAACAGACAUGACCGGCAUCGAGAUUGGAAAUGUUGUUGAGGGCACACUCUCUGAGAUCCAUUCAGAAAAUGCCCUACUUCUCCUUCAACCAAGCCGUGUCAGGGCCUUGAUAUCGCUGAACAACGUUGCCAAUCACCGGAAACUCGCUCUGACCCAAGUCCGUACCGUUUUAAAGGUUGGCGAGCUUUUAACCGGACUUGUGGUGGUCACCCGAGAUGUCGAGAAAUCCUUGGUCAUCGUAGCCAACAAACCUGAACCAAAACCGAAGUCUGAACCCAAGAAAGCAGCACCUGUUAUCAAAGCUUCACUGAAGCUUGACUCCCUUUCUGUGGGCGACCCGGUUGGUGGUCGUGUCAUCCGACACACUCGUCAUGGCUCCCUGGUCAAACUUACCCCACAAAUAAUGGGGACCUUGCAUCCGAUCGAUGUUGCAGACGAUUUCGAGGCCGCGGUGCCUUUCCCACCUAUCAACACUCUGCUCAAGGCAAGCGUUGUUGCUAUUAACGCGACCAAGAAGGAAGUUGUGCUGUCAACUCGGCCAUCUCGGAUGAAUCCCGACCAGGUUUUCGAUAUUACCGACCGAGAGGUCGAAAAUGUCACAGAUCUUUGCGUCGGGCAAUCUGUACGAGGCUUCGUCAAAAACAUUGCAGACCACGGUCUGUUCGUAACAAUUGGACGCGACAUCGACGCUCGAGUCCAGAUCAAAGAGCUUUUUGACGAUUUUGUCAAGGAGUGGAAAGAGCGAUUUUCUCCUAAUCAGAUUGUGAAAGGUCGUGUUCUGAGUGUGGAUACCGACAGCGGAAGAGUCGAAAUCACCUUGCGGUCUGGCGAUUUGGUCAAGCCAAGGACCACCGCUCUUGGUGUUUCUGAUCUUAAGGUGGGGCAGAAAGUCGACGGUGUUGUCACGCGAAUCGAAGACUAUGGCAUCUUCAUCUCAGUUAACAAAUCCAAAGUCACUGGACUAUGCCACAAAUCACAGUUGUCCGAUAAUGCUGAUGCCGAUGUUUCUGUCGCUGUUCGUAGUUUCCGCGAAGGCGAUCGUGUCAUGGCGGUCAUCAUUGGCAUCGACAAACAGAAAGUCUCUUUCAGUCUCAAGCCUUCCCAUUUCAGCGAGGAGGACUUCCAACAGCGCGACACAGAUUCUGAAGGGGAGGAACAAGAACCUGAAGAGCCGUUGGACGACCCUUCUGAGGAGGAGGAGAUAGCCAGCGGCAGCAAUAGCGACCAGUCCGAUGACGAGGUCAUCGAAAUGCCAACUGACACUCUUCAAUCAAUUACAUCAGGGCCAAUACUACCAGCGGCAUCGAAGCCCUCUGCUCUUCAUUUGACGGGUGGAUUCCAAUGGUCCAACCCCCAAAACGAGGACGACGAGCAGGACAACUCAGAUACCGAUGACGAGGAAGAGGACUCUGGUCCGAAAAAGAAAAAGCGCAGAAAAAAAGCAAUCGAGUUGGAUCUCACUGCUGAUAUGCAUACCAAGACACCCGAGUCUAAUGCUGACUAUGAGCGUCUUCUGCUGGGAUCUCCAAAUUCGUCCUACCUGUGGGUGCAGUAUAUGUCAUUCCAACUUCAACUCUCUGAGGUCGACAAGGCCCGAGAAAUUGCCAGGCGUGCCUUGCGGACAAUCAGUUUUCGGGAGGAGCAGGAGAAGCUCAAUGUCUGGAUAGCGCUUCUCAAUCUUGAGAAUGCCUAUGGUACUGACGAAACGCUGGAAACUACCUUUAAGGAAGCGGCUCGAGCCAAUGACUCGAAAACAGUUCAUCUAAGACUCGCCUCUAUCUUUGAACAGUCGCAAAAACACGCGAAUGCGGAGGAGCAGUACCAACGAACAUGUAAAAAGUUCGGGCAAAGCUCGAAAGUGUGGACGUUGUUCGGGGAGUUCUACCUGCGCCAAGGGAGCAUAGAAGAAUCGCGAAAGCUGCUACCCCGAUCGCUCCAGAGUUUGGACAAGCGCAAACACCUUAAGACCAUCUCACGCUUUGCACAGUUGGAGUAUAAGCUCGGCGAUCCCGAACGAGGCAAAACACUUUUUGAGGGAAUCAUCGACUCCCAUCCUAAACGGCUAGAUCUAUGGUCCGUCUACAUGGACAUGGAGGCGGGUCAAAACCAAAUCCAGUCAUUAAGAAACUUAUUUGGCCGUGUUCUGUCCCAAAAGCUGACAAGCCACAAGGCCAAAGCGUUCUUCAAGAAAUGGCUGGAGCUGGAGAAAAGGAUUGGAGAUGAGGAAGGCAUUGGGAAUGUGAAGGCCAAGGCGGUGGAGUGGACUCUGAGAGCAUCAUCAGUUUAA